AUGGCUGGUCGUCGUGCUGCGCUGCUGCUCUUGCUGCUGCUCUCGACCGCGCUGACCUCUAUGCACUCUCAGGAGGAGGAGGGUCUGCAAGAGGAGGGUCUGCAGGAGGAGGGUCUGCAGGAGGAGGGUCUGCAGGACGAGGAGCUGCAGAACAAGGAUCUGCAGAACGAGGAUCUGCAGAACGAGGAUCUGCAGGAGGGUCUGCAGAACGAGGGUCUGCAGGAGGAGGAUCUGAAGGAGGAGGGUCUGAAGGAGAAGGAUCUGCAGAACGAGGGUCUGCAGGAGGAGGAUCUGAAGGAGGAGGGUCUGCAAGAGGAGGAUCUGCAGGAGGAGGAUCUGCAGGAGGAGGGUCUGCAGGAGGAGGAUCUGCAGGAGGAGGAUCUGCAGAACGAGGAUCUGCAGAACGAGGAUCUGCAGAACGAGGAUCUGCAGGAGGAGCAGCAGGUCAUCGAGUCCUGGACGUCCAACGUGAAGGCCUGCACAUGUGACUGUGAAUCUGCUGACACAGCGACACUUAAUCCCCCCCUCCUCCAGCCCAAGCUGCCCCCCCCCUCCCCACAGCCUCAGCCGGACACCUGCAUGCCAGAGUGUCCGUACCACCGGGCUCUGGGCUUUGAAUCUGGAUCUGUGACAUCGGACCAGAUCAGCUGCUCCAACCAGGAACAGUACUCGGGCUGGUACUCUUCCUGGCUUCCCCCCAAGGCCUGCCUCAACAACCAGGGCUUUGGGUGUGCGUGGCUAUCCAAGUUUAACGACCUGCACCAGUGGAUCCAGAUCGACCUGAAGGAGGUGCAGGUGAUGUCGGGGAUCCUGAGCCAGGGCCGCUGUGAUGCUGAUGAGUGGGUCACCAAAUACAGCAUCCAGUACCGCAGCGUGGAAACCCUCAACUGGAUCUACUACAAGGACCAGACAGGGAACAACAGGGUCUUCUACGGGAACUCGGACCGAUCCUCCACGGUGCAGAACCUGCUGCGGCCCCCCAUCGUGGCCCGAUAUGUCCGCCUGCUGCCGCUGGGCUGGCACACCCGCAUCGCCCUGAGGAUGGAGCUGCUGAUGUGCAUGAACAAGUGUUACUGAAGAUCUUGCAAAAACCCUGAUGGUCCACAACCUGCCCUGCAGACCAGUCCAUAUUUCUCUCCACCAGGACCUCCAUCAAGACCUCCAUCAGGACCUCCAUCAGGACCUUCAUCAAGACCUCCACCAGGACCUCCACCUGGACCUUCAUCUCGACUGUGUUCAGAGAGGCUCAGACUAACCGAGUGGGAGGGGGACAUGUUUCAUGCACUAUUUACCUGUCCUUAAGUCUGUCGAUGCUAUAUUGGACACCUGAAAGCCAGGAGUGAAGAUUUGUUCAUGAAUGAGACCAACAACAAAAACGACCCAAACAAAAAGUCCUGACGGUUUCAAAUUAAAUGAGUUUGUUUUAUUCAGAUUUACUGUAACAUUAUGUAAACAUGAAAUACUAAAC